UACACAUGGCCUCGGCGGGCAGGACGGCCACUGCGGCGGCGGUGCCGGAGGAUGUGCCCCUACGUUCCAGCGCCGCGAGGCCGAUGCCGGCCGUCGGAAUGGGCACGGCGUCACCGACCCCCGUGGCGCACGAGGCCACCAAGGAGGCGGUGCUGGCGGCCAUCGAGGUGGGGUUCCGCCACCUCGACACCGCCUGCAUGUACGGCACGGAGAGGCCGCUCGGCGAGGCCGUGGCGGAGGCGGUGCGGCGCGGGCUCGUCCAGUCCCGGGAGGAGCUGUUCGUCACCUCCAAGCUGUGGUGCACGCAGAACCACCCGGACCUCGAGCUCCCCUCCCUCCGGGAGACCCUCAAGAACCUGCAGAUGGAGUACCUGGACCUGUACCUGAUCCACUGGCCGGUCUCCAUCAAGCCCAUGCCAAUAACUUUCCCGAACAAGAAGGAGGACGCCGUGCCGUUCGACGUCGAGGGCGUGUGGCGCGCGAUGGAGGAGUGCCAGCGUCUGGGCCUUGCCAAGGCGAUCGGCGUCAGCAACUUCACCACCAGGCACCUCGACAAGCUCCUGGCUGUCGCCACCAUCCCUCCCGCCGUGAACCAGGUGGAGCUGAACCCGGCGUGGCAGCAGCGCAAGCUGAGGGCCUACUGCGCCGAGAAGGGCAUCCACGUCGCGGCGUACUCGCCGCUGGGAGGUCAGAACUGGUCCGGAUCCGGGGAAGGCAACGCCGUGCUGGAGUCCGAGGUGCUCGCGGAGAUAGCCAAAGCAAGAGGGAAAACCGUGGCACAGGUGUCGUUGAGAUGGACACAUGAGCAGGGAGUGACUUGGAUCGUCAAGAGCUACAACAAGGAGAGGCUCGAGGAAAACAUCGACAUCUUCGGCUGGGAGCUGACCGAUGAAGACCGGCACAAGAUCAGCCAGAUCCCGCAGAAGAAGUGUGUCACGGCUACAGCCCUGUUCUCGCCGGAGGGCGAGUUCCCGUCGGUUGGUCUUUCGGACAUGGACAUUGUAGAGGAAUAGGUAUACCGAUGAAGGAAAAUGGCCUGCCUUUGUGUCUCUACAUCUGAAUAAAAAAAGUCCACUGAUGUGUUCAUGCCC